GUUUUAAACGUUAUUUCGACGCAGCUCAGCAUCACUUACACAUGGAUGUAAUGUUACUGAAUCGCCGUUCAUUUAGAUGAGUAAUAAACAUGUCGUUUAAAGUCGCGAAAGCGGAGUGUUUGGACUUUAGUCCAACAUUUGAUUCUCAUUGUAGUCGCGAUAACCCCGGCAAGGAAAACAACUCUUCAAUUCCCGUGCUGAGUUUGAUUCAGUUUUCUAGGUCUCCUUUCUUGUCAUUUGGGACGAUCAAAUUGGGAUCAUCAAAAUCUCUGCCUUUACGGAUCGAAAAUCCCACCGAGGAUGCAACAACGACAGUCAUUGUGGAUAAAAUUUCAGCAUCCAAAGGCUUUUCGGUUGAUCAGAAGUCUUUUACAAUACAACCUGAAGACAGCAUUAUUUUAACUGUCACUUGGACCCCAGUGGAAGAAGGUGGAGUUCGAGAACUCCUCUGCUUAGUUGCAAAUGGAAUUGUCAAACAUCAAGCCAUUUUGCUUGGGAAAGCAGAGGCGACGAAAAAGAAAAAAAAAUCCUUAUGGGAUUCAAUUAAAUCCAAGAAGGGUGUCCCAGCACCCUUAAGAGAGAAGAAAGUGUCUUCAAUGCCAAUAAAGUCUGCAAAUAAGACAUUUCAUGUCUCUCGCCAGUCGCAAUACAGAAAAGAUAGAACAUCCAACCCGUUGUCUCCAUUAAACCAGGAACAGUCUGCCUAUUGCUCCAAUGCCAGAAGAGCGAAUGCACCGCUCUCCACUCCUGAGAUGUCAAAGCCUGCUUUUGUAACAGAAAAAUUUGAUAAUUUGCAUUUGCAAAAGAACUCGCCAGUGGUCGUCUUAGUACCAGCAGAGAGAUUGUUGGACACACCUGGUAAAAAGGAUGUGCCGUUUUCACAUAAAGCAGAUUGCAAAGAAAUCACGAGGGUUUUGAAUAAAACACUCUCUCCUGCCUGCACUUCAGAGAGGUUUGGAAAGCCAUUGUGCUUUCAGAGUCCACUUCCAGUGAUUGGACAGUUUCCACGAGAUCCAAGUCGAGAGUUAGAGAAACCGUCUCUGACUAUAAAAGAUGCUCUGGAUGUUAUAGGAUCAGAUCUGUCGCAUGCGGUGAGUCCACCUAAUGCUUGCUCAAGCUUCGAUUUUUCAGAUUCUCUCGAGUCUCAAAAACCAGAUCCAGAGACUUCAUUUAGAGCAGCUGCGGUCAUUUCACCACCAGUUGAAGGUGCUCACCCAAGGUUGACGUACUGUGUGAAACCCAACAAAGUCAUAGGCCUUGAAUCAAAUCUUGGUGCAUUAAGGCUUAAGGCGUUAACUUUUAGCAGCACUACAGUCACCAUGUCAAAUAAAGUGGAUGAUACCAUUGUUCCUGAUGGUCCCAAGAAGUUUCCUGUGAAUUCUACCACAGUGACCAAAGGCAAAGCAGAAGCCUCUGUCAAGAGUCCAGCCUUGCGUAAGAAGAAAACCUCCAGGCGCAGGCUGUUGGAAAAGACCUUGGAGCUCUCAGAACCUAGUAAUGCAGAAUCCAACACAAGUUCUCCUGACAGUAUCUCCACUUUACCUGUCAUUAGCUCAGAUUCAAGUCCAGAUGUGGCACUAGAGCCCAGAUUUCUUGUAACUUCAAUACAGGUUACAAAAGAGAAGCCAACCUCAAAGUUAUCCCCUCCUGAGCAGCUUUUGUCCUCUAUAUCCCCAAUAAGACCUCCGGUUUUGCCUUCUGUUAGUAGCUGUCCAUCAAGCGGUCUGGAGUCUGCAGCUGGUAACGUCUCUGACGAAGUGCAACCAGGUCUUAAUCAGGACCAGUUUCCUGUGGAAUGCAGUAAGUUUGUGCAGAGCAAAAAGAGAAAAAGUGAUGAGUUUUUAAGAGCUCACUCGGAAGACAAGUCAAAUGUCCGAGCAAAAAAGAGCCGUGCUCCGUUACAUGCGACAGAAAGACCAAGCCAUGAAAAAACAUUCACUUCAAGGACCACAUCUGGACAGCAACGAAAAGCUAAAGCUCCUCCAAGCUCAAGAAAGUUCACAAAACCUCCACCAAAGAAAUCCUCUCCAAAAAUGACUCCGAAAGAUGGCCGGUCUGUGAAGUCACUGAGCAGCUCGAGUCGAAAGCCAGCAAGGAUCGUGGCUGUAGCGCAGGCCAAUCUGACUUUUAUGAUGCCAACACAGACUGCCAUACCAAGACAUCCACUGCCAUUUGCUGCAAAGAACAUGUUUUAUGACGAGCGAUGGAUUGAGAAGCAGGAGCGGGGCUUCACCUGGUGGAUGAAUUAUGUUCUCACUCCGGAUGACUUCAGAGUUGCUACAGAAGUUACCAAAGUGAAUGCAUUAUCAUUAACUAUGGGGAACGACAAAUUCAACAUACCCAAAGCACCAACAAAAGAAGAGAUGUCCUUUAGAACCUACACAGCCCGCCAACGGCUGAACCGUCUUCGGCGAGCAGCUUGCAAGCUUUUUACGUCAGACACGAUGGUAAAGGCCAUCCAGAGACUGGAACUGGAAGUGGAAGCCAAGAGGCUCCUUGUGCGAAAGGACAGACAUCUCUGGAAGGACAUAGGUGAGCGUCAGAAAGUUGUCAACUGGCUGAUAUCAUACAAUCCGCUUUGGCUGCGAAUUGGACUUGAGACAAUCUAUGGAGAGCUAAUAUCACUUGAAAGCAACAGUGAUGUCAUGGGACUGGCCAUGUUUAUUCUUGGACGUCUGCUGUGGAACCCAGACUUGGCUGCUGAGUUCAGGCAUGCUAAAGUGCCCCAUUUGUACAGAGAUGGCCACGAGGAGGCGCUUUCUCGCUUCACUCUAAAGAAACUAAUCCUGCUGGUCUGCUUCCUGGAUAAGGCCAAAGAGUCCAGACUGAUCGAACAUGAUCCUUGUUUGUUCUGCAUGGAUGCUGAAUUUAAGUCAAGCAAAGAUCUGCUCCUGGCGUUCUCUCGGGACUUCCUCAGCGGUGAAGGCAUUUUGUCACGGCACCUCAGCCACUUGGGCCUAGCUGUAUCCCACGUUCAGACACCUCUGGAUGAGUUCAACUUUGCCGUGAAGAAACUUGCUGUUGACUUGAGAUGUGGCAUUCGUUUGGUACGGGUGAUGGAGCUCUUCACUCUGGACUGGACUUUGUCUAGAAGGCUGAGGAUACCCGCUAUUAGCCGCCUGCAGAAAGUGCACAAUGUUGAUAUUGCUCUACAGGUUCUAAAAGACAAAGGAGUUGAUCUUAGAGAUGAGCAUGGAGCGAACAUCGACUCCAGAGACAUUGUGGAUGGACACAGGGAAAAGACCCUAAACCUCCUGUGGAAAAUCAUAUUUGCCUUCCAGGUGGAAGUGCUACUUGAUGAGAAUCAGCUCAAAGAAGAAAUAAGUUUCCUCAGGAAAACGUGGAGGACAAAACAGAAGCUGGCCUCAUUAAUGUCUAACAGUGGGGUUGCAGUGACCAGGAUGAAGGCGAGACAAGCAUUUGAACAUCCCAGCCCAAAAGUGACGCUGCUUAUGGACUGGGUCAAUGCAGUAUGUGAGUUCUACAGUUUAAAGGCUGAAAACUUCACGGUGUCAUUCUCAGAUGGUCGUAUCCUGUGCUACCUCAUUCAUCAUUACCAUCCUGGUCAUCUCCCUGCAGAAGAGAUUCAGCAGAGAACAACACAGACCAUUGAAUGUGGCCAUCGUGGAAGAAUGGAGCUUAAUAACUCUUCAAGUGACUCAGACUGCUCUUUUGAAAAUUUGACCACAAUACAAACUGAAUCCCCGUUAGUGGAUUUCAGAGAGCUACUUGAGAAUGAGAGAAGUAACUUUCAAUUGGUGAACACUGCCGUGUCUUAUCUGGGAGGGGUUCCUGCUAUGAUAAAUCAUGAGGAUAUGUCCAACACCAUCCCAAAUGAAAAGGUGGUCAUGUCCUACCUCUCUUUCCUCUGUGCCCGUCUUUUGGAUCUCCGCAAUGAAACGAGAGCAGCCCGGGUCAUCCAGGGUGCAUGGAGGAGAUACAAGCUACAGAAGGACAUUGAGCUUAUUCAGCAAAAGAACCUGGCUGCUACUAAAAUCCAAGCUGUUGUGCGGAAGUUCAUUUUGCGAAGAAGAUUGAUUCAGCAAAAUAAGGCAGCCAUCAGGAUCCAGACAUUCUGGAGAGGAUAUGUUGCACAGGAAAAGUUGAGAGUGCUGAAAAAAGAGAAACAUUUUGCUCUUCAAAAUGCAGCUGCAACUACAAUUCAGAAAUCAUUCAAAGCUUGGAGGAUUCAAAGUCUCUUAAAGAAAAACCAUGCCGCCUCUGUGAUCCAAGCAGCUUUCCGCAAGUGGCAUGUAAAAAAAUUGCUGGAAAAAAAUGCUGCAGCCUUGCGCAUUCAAGCAUGGUACAGAAUGCAGUGUUGUAAGUCCCAGUAUCUGGAUAUGAAAAGGAAAGCCGUUUGUGUUCAAGCAUGGUUCAGAGGUCACCUCCAAAGAUGCAAGUUCCAGGCUUUAAAACAAAGGCGUGAUGCUUCAAUUGUCAUUCAGAGUGCAUUCAGGGCCUACCUUGUCAGAAAUCGCAUAUCUAAAAUGAAGCAAAAUGCAGUUUUGAUUCAGAGGUGGUAUCGAGCCUGCAUGCUAAGAAAAGCAGAACAGAAGAGGUAUGUUAAGAUUCAACUGGCAGUUCUCACUCUGCAAGCCGCUUUCCGUGGCUGGAAGGUCCGACAAUCUGUGGCCCAGCACCACCAAGCUGCACUUCUGAUUCAAACUGCUUUCAGGCGGUUUAUGGCCCAAAGGCACUAUUUACAUUUAAAAAGAUCCACAGUUGUUCUGCAACAGAGAUUCAGAGCUAAAGUACUUGGAGGCAAGUUACGACAAGAGUAUAUGGCUCUUAAACUCGCUUCAGUGACAAUUCAAGCAAUUUGGCGAGGACGUGCUGAGAGGAAGAAGAUCGGUCAACUUCACAGAUUUGCCAAAAUCAUUCAGUCGAACUACCGCAGAUAUGUGGCACAGACACGGUUUUUGGAAAUCAAACGUGCUGCCAUAGUCAUUCAAAGACAUUACAGAGCCUUUAGAGAUGGACGGAAAGUGUACGCAGAAUACACUGAAAUUAAAAGAGCAGCCAUUGUGCUACAGAGUGCUUAUCGUGGCAAGAGAGCAAGACAAGAACUGCAGAAGAAAAACAAAGCAGCAACUUUGAUUCAGUCUGUGAUAAGAGCACAUUGUUGCCGUCAGAGGUUUUUAGCUCUAAAACGUGCUGCUAUUGUCAUUCAGCACCGGCAUCGGGCUUUAGCACUUGGACAGUUUGAAAGAAGCCAUUACAUCCAGUUGAGGCAGGCAACUAUAACUCUACAGGCCAUAUAUCGGGGUUCCAAAGUGAGGCAAAAUCUGAGACAAGAGCAUCAAGCCGCCACUAUCAUUCAAGCUCAAUUCCGAAUGCAUAAGGUACGCAUUGCCUUUCUUGCUGCAAAGUGUGCAGCUAUCAUCAUACAGCAGCAAUACAGAGCCUACAGAGUUGGCAAAUGCAUGCAAGCUACUUACUUGCAAAUGAAAAAUGCUGCUGUAAUUAUUCAGUCAGCAUUCAGGGGAAUGAAAGUUCGCAAUUACUUAAGAAAAUCUCACCAAGCUGCAACAGUGAUUCAGGCACGUUUCCGUGGACAUUCCCAACUCAGAAAUUACCAAAGACAACAGUGGGCCGCAUCAGUUUUACAGCAGCGAUUCAGGGCAGUGAUGACCAAAAAUGCUGUCAUGAAAGAAUAUAUAGCCAUAAAAACAGCUGCCAUAUGUAUACAGUCAGCUUUCCGUGGAAUGAUCGUAAGAAAGCAAAUUGCAGGAAGGCACAAAUCUGCAAAAAUCAUCCAGAAGACAUAUAGAGCAUACAAGCAACGCCGUGAUUACCUUACUCUCAGAAAUGCCACUAUUCGUGUUCAGCAACAGUACAGAGCAAUUGUAAGUGCAAGGCAACAACGCAAAAGAUAUUGCUCCACGAGAUCAGCCGCCAUCACUUUGCAGUCUAUGUACCGAGGGAUGAGGGUAAGGAAAGAAAUUGACAGAAAGCAUAAAGCAGCCUCUGUGAUUCAGGCGAUGUACAAAAUGUACAGAACUAGAAUGCCAUUCCAAGCUAUGAAACUGGCUGCAUUGGUCAUACAGAGGCAAUACAGGUGCCAUCUACUGAGAAAAGAGGCAAGAGAGAACUUUUUGAAGCUACGGUGUAGUGCUACUGCAAUUCAGGCUAUUUACAGAGGAAAUCGUACACGCCGUGACAUUGCUAGAAUGAAUUUUGCAGCCAAGGUCAUUCAAAGGAAGUACCUUGCCUACAAACAGAGAAAGCGCUUUUUGUCCAUCAGAGCUGCUGUUGAAUUCUGUCAGCGACACUAUCGAUCCGUUUUGGUAGCAAGGGGCGUGCGGAGAGACUAUUUUGCCAAGCGCCAAGCUGUUGUUGCAAUCCAGGCAUUUUUCAGAGGAAUGCAGGUCCGGCGACAGAUCCGAAAAGAGCAUGAAGCUGCAACAAUCAUUCAGUCCCAUGUGAGAAAGCACAUCCUCAAGUUCCACUUCCAGCGACUUCGGCAGGCAGUCUGUACUGUUCAGCAACGUUUCAGGGCUAACAAAAUGAUGAGACGAGAGAUGGCAGCACUGCAGGAACAGAAGAGUGCUGCCUUGAUUCUGCAAGCAGCUUAUCGUGGCAUGAAGUCCAGACAGACUUUGAAGCAAAUGCAUCAGGCUGCCACCAGUGUUCAGGCCACCUUCAGAGCUUAUAGUGCUCGUAAACGUUAUUUAGCCAUGAAAUUCGCUGCCACAGUCAUUCAAAGACAAUACAUAGCCUUCAGAGAUGGACGGAAGGUGUACGCAGAAUACACUGAAAUUAAAAGAGCAGCCAUUGUGCUACAGAGUGCUUAUCGUGGCAAGAGAGCAAGACAAGAACUGCAGAAGAAAAACAAAGCAGCAACUUUGAUUCAGUCUGUGAUAAGAGCACAUUGUUGCCGUCAGAGGUUUUUAGCUCUAAAACGUGCUGCUAUUGUCAUUCAGCACCGGCAUCGGGCUUUAGCACUUGGACAGUUUGAAAGAAGCCAUUACAUCCAGUUGAGGCAGGCAACUAUAACUCUACAGGCCAUAUAUCGGGGUUCCAAAGUGAGGCAAAAUCUGAGACAAGAGCAUCAAGCCGCCACUAUCAUUCAAGCUCAAUUCCGAAUGCAUAAGGUACGCAUUGCCUUUCUUGCUGCAAAGUGCGCAGCUAUCAUCAUACAGCAGCAAUACAGAGCCUACAGAGUUGGUAAAUGCAUGCAAGCUACUUACUUGAAAAUGAAAAAUGCUGCUGUAAUUAUUCAGUCAGCAUUCAGGGGAAUGAAAGCUCGCAACUACUUAAGAAAAUCUCACCAAGCUGCAACAGUGAUUCAGGCACGUUUCCGUGGACAUUCCCAACUCAGAAAUUACCAAAGACAACAGUGGGCCGCAUCAGUUUUACAGCAGCGAUUCAGGGCAGUGAUGACCAAAAAUGCUGUCAUGAAAGAAUAUAUAGCCAUAAAAACAGCUGCCAUAUGUAUACAGUCAGCUUUCCGUGGAAUGAUGGUAAGAAAGCAGAUUGCAGGAAGGCACAAAUCUGCAAAAAUCAUCCAGAAGGCAUAUAGAGCAUACAAGCAACGCCGUGAUUACCUUACUCUCAGAAAUGCCACUAUUCGUGUUCAGCAACAGUACAGAGCAAUUGUAAGUGCAAGGCAACAACGCAAAAGAUAUUGCUCCAUGAGAUCAGCCGCCAUCACUUUGCAGUCUAUGUACCGAGGGAUGAGGGUAAGGAAAGAAAUUGACAGAAAGCAUAAAGCAGCCUCUGUGAUUCAGGCGAUGUACAAAAUGUACAGAACUAGAAUGCCAUUCCAAGCUAUGAAACUGGCUGCAUUGGUCAUACAGAGGCAAUACAGGUGCCAUCUACUGAGAAAAGAGGAAAGAGAGAACUUUUUGAAGCUACGGCGUAGUGCUACUGCAAUUCAGGCUAUUUACAGAGGAAAUCGCACACGCCGUGACAUUGCUAGAAUGAAUUUUGCAGCUACGAUCAUUCAAAGGAAGUACCAUGCAUACAAACAGAGAAAGUGCUUUUUGUCCAUCAGAGCUGCUGUUGAAUUCUGUCAGCGACACUAUCGAUCCGUUUUGGUAGCAAGGGGCGUGCGGAGAGACUAUUUUGCCAAGCGCCAAGCUGUUCUUGCAAUCCAGGCAACUUUCAGAGGAAUGCAGGUCCGGCGACAGAUCCGAAAAGAGCAUGAAGCUGCAACAAUCAUUCAGUCCCAUGUGAGAAAGCACAUCCUCAAGUUCCACUUCCAGCGACUUCGGCAGGCAGUCUGUACUGUUCAGCAACGUUUCAGAGCUAACAAAAUGAUGAGACGAGAGAUGGCAGCACUGCAGGAACAGAAGAGUGCUGCCUUGAUUCUGCAAGCAGCUUAUCGUGGCAUGAAGUCCAGACAGACUUUGAAGCAAAUGCAUCAGGAUGCCACCAGUGUUCAGGCCACCUUCAGAGCUUAUAGUGCUCGUAAACGUUAUUUAGCCAUGAAAUGUGCUGCCAUUGUCAUUCAACGAAGGUUCCAUGCCACAAAGGAAGCGAAACAGCAGAGAAAGCAUUUUCUUGAAAUGUACCAUAGUGCACUUGUUCUUCAAUCAUGUUAUAGAGGUCUUAAGGUUAGAAGGCAACUACUACAACAGCGUCAAGCAGCUGUCUUGAUUCAGUCUCAUUUUAGGAGACACAAAGAGAUGGUUAAGUUCCAGGCCAUGAGGUUGUCAGCUAUUAUUAUCCAGGGCCAUUACAGAUCAUACGUCAAGGCUAGAGCAGAUCGGGAGAACUAUCUACGUUUACGAAAGUCCGCCAUUGUCCUUCAAGCAGCUUUUCGAGGAUACUCUCUAAGGAGACAACUGGCAGAAAAGCAAGAAGCGUCCAUCAUCAUACAGGCUGCUUUCCGGAUGUACCAGCAAAGGUCAGCAUUUAAGAGACAACGCUGGGCAGCAAGGGUCCUCCAACAGAGAUUUAGAGCUCUGAAACUUCGAGACAAGCAGUUGCGUAGAUACAAGAAGGUAAGAAAUGCCACUGUAUGCCUGCAGAAGUCUUUCAGAGGGAUGAAGGGGAGAGAAUUGGCCAGACAGAGCAAGGCUGCAAGAACCAUCCAGUCCUACCUAAAGAUGGCUGUCCAACGACAGCGUUUCUUCAAAGAAAAGGCUGCAGCAAUCACAAUUCAGUCUGCGUACAGAGGCCAUUGCGCCAGAGUUCAGCAUGCCAGGAUGCAAGCAAAUGCUGCUGUCAUCCAGAAAUGGUACAGAUCACUUAAACUGGUCCAGAAAGAUCGGAAUGGUUUUGUUGCUCUUAAGCAAGCUACGCUUACCUUGCAAUCUGCCUUGCGUGGCAUGCUAGCGAGGAGGCUUGUAAAAAGAAGGCGGGCUGCAAUCAAGAUUCAGUCUGUGAUGCUCAUGCAUUUACACCGCAAACGCUACUUGACGCUUCGCUCAAGUGUCCUGCAGUUGCAGGCUCAUUACAGAAUGUUUGUGGCCCAAAGAAGAUACCGCAGGUUGCAGGCAGCAACUGUUACUCUCCAAAAGCAUUACAGAGCUCAUAGGGCCACAGUGGAGCAGAGGAACAGUUAUCUAAAGGCACUCCAGAGCAUAAAGAUCCUUCAGGCUAGAGUGCGUGGACACAUUGAGCACAGAAGAUUUCAGAAAUUGCGUGCAAGUGCCAUCACAAUUCAGGCACAUUACCGAGGAAUGAUUGAAAGACGCAGGUUUCAGCAACUCAAGGAAUCUGUUUUGGUCAUACAGAAGUAUUACAGAGCUUUCAGUUUCUGCCAGAGAGAGCGUGCACAGUUUCUUCAACUGCGAAAGUCUGCUGUUGUGAUACAAACAGCAUUUCGGGCUUAUCAAACAAGACAACACACUGUGCGAGCACAGGCUGCUCUGAAAAUUCAGGCCUGGUUCCGAGGACGCAUAGCUAGACGAAACUACAUUUUAAAACAAGCUGCUGUUGCAACCAUUAGUCGGUGUAUUCAAGCAAGACGCCAACGUUCAAGAUUUCUAGCAGUCCAGCGCAGUGUCCGAGUCAUUCAGCAAAGAUGGAGGGAAACUCUAAUCACCAGAAAACAGCAUGCCGACUUCCUGAGGUUUAGAAAAUCUGUUAUAUACAUCCAGGCGCUAUGGAGAGGUCAAAGAGUUAGAGAUUGCAUUCAAAAGCAAAUAACAGCUACUGUGAAGAUACAGUCAGCUUUCAGAGGCUUUAGCCAAAGACGUCGAUAUCGCCAACAGAAGGAUGCUGCCAGAAUCCUACAGCACCAUUUCCGAGUUUUACGCCUGGCCAGAAUUAAAGAAGAAAAUCGAAGAAGACGACACAAUGCUGCUGUUUAUCUUCAGGCUUUGUGGCGCGGUUGGCUUGCGAGACGACAGGUAAAAGAAAUGGCUUGUGCUGCAAGACGCCUCCGUUUCACGGCUGCUGUUUACCAUCAUCUCUGUGCAAUAAGGAUUCAGAGAGCUGUGCGAGCACACUGGGCUCUAAAAUCCGCCAAGAGGAAGAUCUCUUCGGUCCUUUACAUCCAGCAAUGUUUCAGGGCAAAGCUCCAGAGAAAGCGAUAUCUUAAAGACAGAGGAGACAUCAUCAAGACCCAGAAGGCAGUGAGAACUUGGCUUCAUCGUCGCAACAAAGCUGCCGCUACUAUCCAGCGUGAAGUAAGGAAGCUGCUUCUGAGACGCCGCAAGGAGAAACUACAACGUGGAAUAAUAAUGGCACAGGCACUCUGGAGGGGUCAUUGUUCAAGAAAGCAUCAUGACACAAGCAAAGUCGUUUCCAUGAGGCGUCGUCUCAGGGAAGUUAAUCGAGGGGUGAAGGAAGAGGACAAGCUGUGUAACAAGACCACAACGGCGCUAAGCUACCUGCUCGGAUUUCAGAAUUAUGCGUACAUUCUCGCAGCCUUGAAACAUUUGGAAACUGCCACCAGACUUUCACCAGAGUGCUGUGAACGUCUUGUUGAAAGUGGAGCAACGCGCACCAUCUUCACUCUGAUAAGGAGCUGCAACAGAAGUGUGCCUUCAAUGGAGAUCAUCACAUUAUCCAUUCAAGUCCUUCUCAACUUGUCAAAAUACAACAGAACCACUGAUGCAGUUUAUGAGGUGGACAACUCUGUAGAAACCCUACUGGAUCUUCUGCAGAUCUACCGUGAAAAGGCUGGAGAUAAGGUUGCAGAAAAAGGAGGCAGCAUCUUUACCAAGACUUGUUUUCUCUUGGUCCUCUUAGUCCAGGAUGAAAGAAGAGCAAUGGAGGUCCGAAAGUUUACAAAGCUUUUGGAUCGCAUUCGCAGCAUCUACCGACUCACCCUUCGAAAGUACAAGAUGGAUGCAGAGAGAAACAAAGUCAGACAGAAAAUGAACACCUCUCUCAAUGGAAGUUUUCUCCUCCAAGCCACUCCUCGAAAAUCAAAACCAGUGGCCAGGUUUGCUCCAGAUUGGGUUCUACGGCGCGACAAAUUAAAGGACAUUGUGGAUCCUCUCCGUGCCAUUCAGAUGCUGGCUAACGCUCUGGCUAUCGUGCCUUGAAAAUAUUGCAGCAAGAAAAAAGUUAUAACAAAGUGUUUAUUUGUUGCUCAGUAUUGUAAAUACUGUGUUUUUGUAUGGUGUGUAUAUAUAUAUAUUUUUUAAACUUUGUUUUAUCGAAUUGUUGUGGAUGCCUGUUUUAUAGAUGCAUAUUUGGGGUCUGUGCUGAAAGAGGGCACAAGUUAGCUGUGAGAUUCUGUAUAUACAAGUGCCGUCUGGAAUUGAUUUCAUUUAAAGUGCUGUAAUUGAUUAUUAAAAAGAACCAGAUUACACACA